AAUCGCGAGCACCAAUCAGAAGCGCUCCUAACGAACAGAGCAGCAUUUAAACUUGUACCAGUCACAGUUGUAGAAGGACGAGCAAAUAGCAGCGGGGAAGUGAUUCGGUGUAUUUUUUAGUGCUGUUUUUGACUGUAUUUUUGUCAAAACAUCUGAAUCUUGAACCUUUAAACUUGAAUCUUUUUUUAGCAUUCAGAUUGACAGCUUUUGCACCUGUGGAUAUUUAGUUUUUAUUUGAAUUCCGUGAAUGUGGAAGAUUACGCUAAAGCUAGUUAGCUACUUAGUACAGCGAAUCUCUAUAACCUGUUAAGUAAUUUAACUUUCCAUCAUAGUGUUUUAUACGUGGUAGAUUAGUAUUCAUUGACGUUGUGAAGCACUCUACUACUUCAAAAUGAGUGCAGGAAUAGCAAAACCGGCGAAUCCGUCGACACACGUCGACCCCAAAUCUGCACCUCUCAAAGAAAUUCCAGAUAUUCUAGUGGAUCCGCGGACUAUGAAAAGGUACAUGAGGGGAAGAUUUUUAGGGAAGGGAGGGUUUGCAAAAUGCUACGAAAUAACAGAUCUGGACACAAAAGAAGUUUUCGCAGGGAAAGUCGUUCCGAAAUCUAUGAUUCUCAAGCCACACCAGAGAGAAAAGAUGAGCUCAGAAAUCGCUAUUCACAAGAGCCUCGAUGACCCGCAUAUCGUGGGUUUCCACGGCUUCUUUGAGGACGACGACUUCGUUUUCGUUGUGUUGGAAAUCUGUAGACGGAGGUCCCUGUUGGAACUGCACAAACGAAGGAAGGCGGUGACGGAACCGGAGGCCCGGUAUUACAUGUUGCAGCUGCUGAAGGGCUGCCAGUACCUGCACAACAACAGGGUCAUCCACCGUGACCUGAAACUGGGCAACAUCUUCCUCAAUGACGACAUGGUAGUCAAGAUAGGGGACUUCGGCCUGGCCACUAAGAUAGAGUUUGACGGAGAGCGUAAGAAGACUCUGUGUGGGACUCCUAACUACAUCGCUCCAGAGGUGCUGUGUAAGACGGGCCACAGCUUCGAGGUCGAUGUCUGGUCCCUGGGGUGCAUCCUCUACACUCUGCUGGUGGGGAAGCCUCCGUUUGAGACAUCCUGCCUGAAGGAGACCUACAACCGCAUCAAGAAGAACAACUACACUAUUCCCUGGCACAUCAACCCGGUGGCAUCCUCCCUGAUCAAGCGCAUGCUGCACGCUGAGCCCACCCAGCGGCCCACCGUGGCAGAGCUCCAGGCGGACGAAUUCUUCACGGGGGGCUACGUGCCCCUGCGGCUGCCCACCACCUGCCUCACCGUGCCCCCACGCUUCUCCAUCGCCCCGUCCUCCCUGGAGGCCGGCCUGCGCAGGCCGCUCACAGCCGUCAACAGCAAAGGAGGAACUGAGAAGGUGGAGCAGAAGGAAGAGCCUCUGCAAAGAGAGGUCCCAGAGCCCACCAGCUGUCACCUGAGCGACAUGCUACAGCAGCUCACCAGCGUCAACGCCUCCAAGCCGUCCGACAGGGUGCUCGUCCGCCAGGAGGAGGCUGAGGACCCAGCCUGCAUCCCCAUAUUCUGGAUCAGCAAGUGGGUCGACUACUCUGACAAAUACGGCCUGGGCUACCAGCUGUGCGACAACAGCGUGGGCGUGUUGUUUAACGACUGCACGCGUCUGAUCAUGUACGCGGACGGCGACAGCCUGCAGUACAUCGACAAGACGGCUGCUGAGAGCUACGUUAGCGUGCGCUCCUACCCACCCACACUCACCAAGAAGAUCACGCUGCUGAAGUACUUCCGUAACUACAUGAGCGAGCACCUGGUGAAGGCGGGGGCCAACGUGGUGCGCCGUGACGGGGACGAGCUGGCACGCCUGCCCUACCUCAGCCACUGGUUCAGGACCAAGAGCGCCAUCGUGCUGCACCUCACCAACGGCACCGUGCAGAUCAACUUCUUCCAGGACCACACCAAGCUGAUCAUGUGUCCUCUGAUGGGGGCGGUGACCUACAUCGAUGAGAAGAGGGAGUUCCACACAUACAGGAUGUCUCUGCUGGAGGAGUUUGGCUGCUGCAAGGAGCUGGCCAGCCGCAUGCGCUACGCCAAACUGAUGCUGGAGAAACUGCUGGCCGGGAAGUCCACUUCCUCCUCCUCCGCACGCUAGAGCCAAUCACAGCACUCGCAGCCCCCAGCCGGCCUAUCGUGGUGAGGGGAGGGGGGAAUGGGCACUCCCCUCAACCAAUCACUACCUCACUUCCUGCUGUCCGCAGGCCUAUCGGACGACUGGGUGUGUGGGGGGGGGGUUGUGAUGUCACAAGCCUGUAAAUUACGCCAAUUUCAAAACAAUGUCUUAUAGUCAGGAAGUGGGGGUGUAAAUGAUGAUGAAUUUACAGUCUGUUUAGAAUUGAAGUUUUUUAUUACGGUGUGUGGCCUGCUGUUCACCAACUUUGUGGGUUUUGUAAAUACUUCUGGGGGUUUCCAUGCGUGGGAGGGUGGAGGAGCUGGCCGCCCCUUUAUCAUGUGACAUGCGUGUUCCUCCUGUUCUCACCUGUUGUCUUUAUACGUGUUCUACUCUUCUACAUGCGUUACACGC